ACUCCGAAACAUGGCGGCCGAGAGCGAUGUUCAGUCUGAAAUUGAAGUGCUGCAGUCCAUUUAUUUGGAUGACCUCUGUGUUACUCAGAAAGAUGAAGGAGGGUGGAUAGUCAGUCUGGUGCUCUUUCCAUCCACUGCAGAAGACUGUCUCUCUCAGUUUGUCCGUCUUACACUGACAAUGGAUCUGUGUCCUCAGUAUCCACAUUCAUCUCCCUGCAUCUCCAUUCACAAUCCACGAGGUCUGUCAGAUGAUAUACUGCUAAGUUUACAGAAGAGUUUGCAGAUGGAGGCAGAAACAUGUCUGGGGACUCCUGUACUUUACCAGCUCAUAGAGAGAGCAAAAGAGAUUCUAACAGAGAGCAAUAUUCCCCAUGGAAACUGUGUUAUCUGUCUAUAUUGCUUUAAGGAAGGUGAGGUCUUCACUAAGACCAGCUGCUAUCAUCAUUUCCACUCUCACUGUCUUGGCCGCUACAUCACUCACUCUGAGAUGGAGUUGAAGGACCGAGAGCGAGAGCUGAAGGAGGAUAAGACCAGAGACAGGACACAAGAAGAGGAGUUGGCUGUUGUUUGCCCUGUAUGCCGAGAGCCUCUUACCUAUGAUUUGAAUGCCCUCCUGUCCUCACCUGCUCCUACUUUCACCCAGCAGGAGGAUGUGGCCACGGGUGAGGAAUUUAAAAAGAAAUGGGCAGAACUCCAAAAGAUUCUGGAACGGCAGAAGGAAAAGGGUGGAGUUAUUGACCCAGAAGCGGAGUCUAAUCGGUUUCUUAUUCACAUUAAUGAGGCUCCAGAAAAUAUUUCUGAAACCCCUGGUACAGAUGCCUCAGGUGCAGGAUCUUGUCAGUCACUCUCUUCCCCUUUCCCAAAUUCUACCAACGGCACCCAAGUCCCUCAAAGUCAACGCAACGCAGGUCAAUCACAGCAUCAGUCCAGUCACGAGAGAAGACAACAAGGUGACUUUAGGAGAGGUCGUAGAGGAAGAGGUGGUGGAAGAGGUGGUUCAGCACGUCAUGUGGUAAUUUCACCAGGGAUGGAGCGCAUAAGCAAGCCCUCACAAUCUUCUGAUAAAAUGAACUUUGUCAACCCGAAUCCAUCAAGCACCACAUCACAAAGUGCAGCAAAGGGAGAGGCCUGUGAACACCGUGCACAACUCAAGCAGCCUUUGAUUGAUGAAGAAGAAAAACCUGUUGCUACAAAUAAGGACACUUCCAGUGGAGCGGAUGUGAGCCAACUCAGAGAUGUGUCAAAAGAUGUUUCUCACACAAUCUUACAGGAAGGACAACAGGAAAGGGAACAUCUGGGUAGAGGAUUAAAGCAUGGUAGUCGUGGCUCAGGACGCAAUCACGGAUACUGGCAUGAGAGGAACUUUAAGGGACCCAAUCACUGGGAUAAUUCUGGUAGUGUUGGCCACCAUGGAGGAGGACACAGAGCCAGAGAGGGUGGAGCUGGUCAUCAUCACAGAGGAGGUGGAUCACACAGAGGAGGUGGGAGGGGGUUGCAUCAGAGAGUGGAAAAAGAAUUCAGGAAGGAAGGAGUGCUCUGACAGUGGGAGAGGGGAGGUGCAGUCCGAAGAAGCAUACCUCCCGGUUACACCCGAUGUACCUUCAUUACUGUAUCGACAAUAAAAUUCUCCACAAGCA